UGCAGAAAAAGCAGUUUUGUGUCCUGGAUAAUGUGACUUGACAGCUCUGUGGGAAACUGAUAAGAUCCAGUAAACAAGCUGGAGAUCCAUCUCCACCGCCAGCCAUCCUGCCGGAGAUCGAGUAUGGGGGGCCUGGGCUGCAGAAGGAUGUUCUUCUUGCUGUUUUUACUUUUCAAAGCUUUUGAGUUUCUAGGUGCCACAGAUGUUUGUUCAAAUGCAAUACUGCUAGGAUUGAAAGGAGAACCAGGUGACAAAGGUGAUGAGGGGGAGCAGGGAAUGCUGGGAAAAGCCGGCCCGCCUGGGCAGCCAGGACUGAGGGGGGAGCUGGGCAGCCAGGGAGACCUCGGGCCAGUCGGGAAGUCCGGCCCAGCCGGGGAAAGAGGGGACAAAGGAAUACGUGGCACUGAGGGGCCUCCGGGACUUAAAGGAAGACCUGGCACAACCUGUGACUGUGGGCGCUACAGGAAGGUUGUUGGGCAGCUGGACGUCAACAUGGGCAAGCUGAAGAACUCUGUUAAUUUCGUGAAAAGCGUCAUUUUAGGGAUCAAGGAGACAGAUGAGAAGUUCUACCUAAUUGUCAAAGAGGCGAGGAAGUACAAAGACGCUCUGCUGAACUGCAAACUGCGGGGGGGCACCCUGGCCAUGCCCAAAAGCGAGGCGGCAAACGACCUGAUCGCCAGUUAUAUCAACCAAGCCGGCCUUACUCACGCGUACGUUGGGCUGUGCGCCGCGGAGUCGGGGGGCGAGCACACGUUCACGGACAGCUCGCCGCUGCAAAACUUUACCUCCUGGAGCACGGUCGGGAGCGCGCAGAGGAACGGAACUUGCGUGGAAAUGGCGAGCACCGGAGCGUGGACGCUGGCGGACUGCGACGUCGCCAUGUACUACAUGUGCGAGUUUACCAAGAAAGGCAGGGUAGCGAGCACCGCCUUGUGACGCCUGCAGAUCUGGAGUUCUUAAAGGAUUUCCCUCGGGAUCAGUACAAAUAUAUAUAACGUAUAAAUUGUGCCCAUAAAGUACAUCUUAUCUUAGUAGAUCUGUAAUAUAAAUAUCCCGUAUCAGCUACAACAUCUUGCAGGCUGCUGCGCUUCAUUGAUGCGAAACUUGUUGAAAAACUUUUCAUUUAGUAUAUGGCAGUCUAGCCAAACAAGAGCACGUGUAAUUCGUAAUAAAUAUGUUUCGCUAAUAAAUAUUAUAUGAUUUAAACCUACAAUAAAUAACUUAAACAA